CUCCCUCCUUUCACAUUCACACCAACACACAUACACACUCAGGGCCAGACCAGGCUCUGCCGCCUGCACAUCACCCCGAGCUGUUGCAGGAGCUUGCACCAUGGAGAUAAAUGAAUCCCAAAUUCAGCAGGACAGAAUGCAGAUCAUAGCGGAAAAAAGACGACGUCAGGUCGAAAUGGAAAGCAAAAGACGCCAACUUGAAGAUGACCGGAGACAAUUGCAGCAUCUCAAGUCCAAGGCUCUUCGGGAGCGCUGGCUACUUGAGGGAGCUCCGGCUUCCACUCCAGAAGAAGAUGAGGCAACCAAGAAACAGAUGCAGGAUGAUGAUCUGAAAACCCGGGAACUAGAAGACAGUAUUCAGAGACUGGAGAGAGAACUUGAGCUACUGGAGAGUGGGUUGUCCAGCACGUCCACCAAAGAGAGCUUAGCAGAGGAAUCAGCAAACUCGGAGCCUGAGAACAUGGUCAGGAGCCACAAGGUCAUAGUGAAUACGGCCAGGGAUCAGAAUGCUUCACUAUCCCAUGCUAAGAAGACAGACAGUCCAGACAUGAUGAGAGCAGCCAUGUACUCUGUGGAGAUUACAGUAGAGAAGGACAGAAUCACAGGGGAGACUAAGGUCCUCUCUAGCAACACUGUGCUCCCUCAAGAGCACCUCCUGCAGGGGGUCAAGGUGUAUGAAGAUGAACAGAAAGUUGUACAUGCGGUGAGGUCAGAUGUCGCAGUUCCAAAUGACACAGUUCACCAGCUCAGUUCCACCGAGGUGGAGGAAUUGAUCCACAAGGCAGAAGAGGCAAAUCUCAGUGAUGUUUCCCUGACUUCAGAUGAAAAGACCCCAAUCCAGAGAGCAUCUCCCCGCAAAGAGAUCCCUGGUGUGCAGGCUCGACCUCCUCAGACAUCACCAAGUCCUGAACCACCAGUAACCAUGAUUUUCAUGGGUUACCAAAACGUUGAGGAUGAGAAUGAGACAAAGAAAGUUCUGGGUCUGGAAGAGGCCAUCACUGCUGAACUGGUUGUCAUCAGUGAUGGGGAUCCCCAGCCGGCUGCAGACGGAGAUCUACCAGAGAAGGCACAGCAUCCCCCUAAUGGUGCUCCUGUAGAUCCCCAAAACAAGAAUGAGAAGCCAGAGAGCAAUGACACAGCAGCACCCAAGACCGGAGAGAAGGAUCUGACUAUGAAGAAACAGAGGUGCAAGUGCUGCAGUGUGAUGUAAGCAGGUGAAGGUAGGGACGAGGUGUGCCUUUCCUCCGCCCAAUUACACCUUAAGAUGAGAAAUGGGAGCUUGUACUUUACUUUACCAUUAAUCCUGGAUGGGGAGCUACUACCACUUAGCUUUUCAGUUUCAGAAGAGGUUCUAUCUCUAUUCACCGCAGCCUUUCAGGGAGUCCCCUCCAUAAUCCAAAAACUUUCAAGGUGGGCUCCUUUCUACCACAUACAUUGCUCCUUAGAAAACCUGGGAGGACAGUCAUUUAUUAAUCCCCAAAUAAUAUGGGAGAUAUCUCACACAAUCUAUCCUGAGGUACAAGCUCUUUCAGACUGGGAAGGAGGCUUCCAUCCAUCUCACCCCCAGAUAUAUGACAGGAGCUGUCCUGUUUUCCUUUCUCAACUAACCAUGCUGUAAGUGCGAGAUGUUGUCCUCUUCUCCUGUUACCACUCAUUGUUUUCCUAUUUUAAGUAUCUGCAGCUCUCUCUGUCUACUAAGUAAGAUACUGCCAUUUUGUAAAAAGUGAAGAUGUUCAGUAACGAUACGUAACAGUCCCCCAAAGUCCCUUUACCUGGUCCACUAUCAUUUGAAUGCUCAUCGUUACUGGCCAGGCCUGGACUGUCGGAGAGGAAAUCAAAACAUUUUAACCUUUAGCUUGAAAACGCAGAAUGAAAUGGGUGAAUUGAAUGCUACAUAGGCCAUACAGGAUUCUACAGAUAAAAUCUGCGUGAAGUGGUAAUAAGACAUCUAUCCUCUGGAGCUGAGGAACCAGCAACAUGACUAAUGCUUCUGUACCCAACUACAAGUAAUUAUGAAUUACAGGAUGAUGGCUCUUUUAUGGUCAUUUCCAUUCCUGCAGAAGAAUGCAUUUUAAGGUUAGGUAUUUAUAAGGCUUAGUUUUAUGAAACAAUAUUAUAUAGAAGAGAAAAGUUUAAAGCUGUAGUCCCACACUGUUGCCAGUUCCAGAUGUCACACAAAGGUUGACAAUCAUAAUAGAUCUACAGUGUAAACUGGAUAGUUCCUGACCAGUACUGAUGUUUGAUUUCCUUGUGUCUGCUGCCUGCAAUAACAGUGUAUUACUAUCCCAUAUAAUAAUGAGCUAACAUGCCAUAUGGAAUGCUGUAAUGCUCCAGUGAAUGAAAUAAUCCUUGUUAUAGUUAUAGCCAUUUAAAAUGGAUCUCAUUCAUUUCAAGUGUUCAGUAAGCCUGAAAGUAUGAUGUGCAGGUAUCUUUUUAACUUUUUUUUUUGAAGUUGUAUAAGUUAGCUGAUGUAUAGGAUUCAAUGUUCUGCGAGGCAUUGUAAUGCAUGGAGAGUUGCUGCAGGUCCUACUGAAGUUACCCAGCCCCCAUCUUCUACCCUUUUGCCUAUUACCCUUGUAUGUUAACUGUGAAUCCUCCUUCUCCAGCUAAUUGUGUAUCCCUAGUGCAGGACAUGAAGCUGGGAGCUGUUGAGGCUUUGGGCCCCAGUCUGGGCAUUCUUAUUGGUGCCACUGUCUCCUGCUCUGCCUGCCUGAUACUGACAUUUACCUGCCCUUCCUCACCCAGAUUUCAGGUCAAGUCAUUGUAAGAAGAAUAAAAACUCAGUAAGUAAAUAAAAUGUGUCAUUUAAUCUCAA